AUGAUUAAAAAAUAUUUGAUGCCAAAAUAUGUGCGUAUUCCAAAGGAUCAAGGUUUUUUGGACAUAUUGAAUGGUUUUGAAAAAGUGUGGGGAUUUCCGCAAUGUGCGGGAGCUAUAGAUGGGACUCAUAUUCCUAUAAUCGCACCUAAAGAAGACCAUUGUGACUACUACAAUAGAAAAGGUUGGCAUUCUAUUAUCCCCCAGGCUGUCGUGGACUAUAGAUACGUGUUUAUUGAUGUAAACACUGGGUGGCCCGGAUCAGUGCAUGAUGCAAGAGUCCUUGGAAAUUCAAAUCUAUAUUCACAAUGUGAGAAAGGGACAUGUUUCAGUCAGCCUAAAACACCUAUAGGCGGAGUUGACAUGUCCCCUUUUCUUAUAGGGGAUGCUGCUUACCCUCUCUUAUCCUGGCUCAUGAAACCAUUCAGACAAACCAUGGAAACACAUGACGAUAUUAAACAUUUUAACUACAGACUAAGUCGGGCCAGAAUGGUAGUUGAAAACGCAUUUGGACGACUAAAAGGACGGUUCAGACUACUAACUGCUGUCACACUACAUAACAUAUGCGAGAUGAGGAAGGAUACAUUCGAAGAAGAUUGGAUGAAUAAUGAAAACAGCAUGACAGAGAUUGAAGUUGGGACUGUUAAUGACCUGACCGAUGCCAAAGACAUCCGUAAUGCACUUGUCCGUCACUUGAAAGAAAAUCCUCUAUGA